AUGGCAUCAGACAAAGAUAAACUUUGGAUGAUCAAAGUUGACAUUAAGAAGGGUAAAUCAAUUGUUGGCUCCGAUGGUUCGACUUGCAGUCCAUAUCUUAAAGUUUGCUGGGGUAAAAAACCACAAAAAACCAAAGUAGUCACCAAACAAUCAGAACCAGAAUGGAACUUUUCAUGUCAAUUCGAAAUUAAAAAAGAAAAAUUUUCAACUAGACCAGGUAUCGAAUUUGAACUUUUUGAACAUAAACAAUUUUCAGAAAAAGAAAUUUCUAGAACUACAUUCCCAUUACCAGAUUCAUUAAUUUUAGGUGAACCAUGUAACUAUACCGUACCAAUGGUUAUUAAUACCCAUAAAUCUGAAGUCAAGUGUGAAAUUCAUAUCGCUAUUACUGCAGUUAAUUUUGGUAAAGAUAAACAAGAUGAAGAAAGAAAGAAACAAGAAGAAGUUCAAAGAAAAUUUGUUCAACUUGUUGAACAAUUAGCAACUGAUGCCAAAGCAAGAGAGGGUAUGUUAAAGUUACCAUACGAUGCUAGAUUAAGAUUAGUUGAACAACAUAGAGAUAAAUUAGCAAAUGAAAAACAACCAGAUGAUUAUGUUGUUUUAUUAAUUAAAGAAAUUACAAGAAAGAAUGUUGCUUUAUCAUCUGGUAAUCUCACCAAAUCAAUUUCAUCAUCAAACGGUUCACUUUCACCAACUACUCCAAGAAAUGAAGAUGGUUUAUCCAUUUCUGAACUUAGAAAUAUUAGUGUAGCCUUACGUUCACGUGGUUUAGAUUGGAUCCAUCAAUUCCAUAAAUUAGGUGCCACCACCCGUUUAGUUGAAUUAUUAGGUUUAUAUACCCAACAAAAAGAUCAUACCGAGGAUAGUUUAGGAAAGCAAUUGGAAUGUUUAAAUUGUAUUAAAAAUUUAAUGAACAAUACAGUUGGUAUUGGUUAUAUUUUUGGAAUCAAGGAUUCAUUCAAGACCAUAAUUUUAUGUUUAGGUUCUCAAAACGAAAAGAUUAAUGAGUUGGCUAUUGGUUUACUUAAUACUAUUUGUUUUUUACCAAAGAUUAAUGGUCACAAGCUUUUAAUUGAAUUAUUAAAUUACUAUAAAGAACAAAAGAAGGAAUCAAGAAGAUUUAUUUCAAUUGUUGAAUCAUUAAAAUCAAAACCAGGAGUUGUUGAAACAAGAGAAACACUAAAGACCAAAUCAAUUUAUUUAUCAUUUAUUAAUAUUAUUGUUAAUACACCACCAGAAAUUGAUUUACGUUUAGCCCUUCGUCAAGAAUUUUAUUGGUUAGGUAUUAAAGAUAUCUUGGUCAAUCUUUCAAAUUACUCUUAUGAUGAUUCACCAGAAAUGGAUAUGCAAAUUACUGUAUUUGAAGAUGAAGAAUCCAGAGAUAAUAAAGAAAUGUCUGAACGUUUCAAUGACUUCAAAGGUGUCAAUCUCGACAGUGUUGAUGAAGUUAUCAAAACUUUAUUAGAUCGUAUUCGUCCAAUGGGUUUGGUCGAUUGUAUCCGUGAAAUUGUUAAAGAUCUCUUAUUGUUACCAAUUGACGAUGAUGUUGGUAUUAGAAAUUGGGUAUUGGCUUCAAGAAUUAUAAAACAAAUUUCACUUCGUGAAAAAGAUAUUGGUAUCGAUGAAGAUAUCUUAUCACUAGAAAAUCUUUUACUCACAUGCGAACAAGAAGCUAAGGAAAUUCCAUUAAAAUCCCAUAUUGAAUCGCUCAAGAAAGAUACUCAAGAUCUUAACAAGAAAAUUACAACACAAGAAAUUGAACUUAAAGAAAAAAUGGAAAUAAUGAAGAAAAAUGAUGAAUUAAACGGUAAACAAUUUGAAGAGUUUACAAAUCAAAGUAAAAAGAAAGAUGAAGAAAUCAAUUCAUUAAAAGAAAUGAUUGAAAAAUUAAAAAAUCAAGCUCCAGUUGUCGUUGUUGCUUCAUCUUCAGCACCAGCCGCUGCUGCCCCACCACCACCUUCCCCCACCACCAGGAGGAGCCCCACCACCACCUCCACCUCCCCCACCACUAGGGGGUUCAGGAGCCCCACCACCACCUCCACCUCCCCCACCACCAGGGAGGAGCAGGGAGUCCCACCACCACCACCUCCACCACCAGGAUGCGGCCCACCACCACCACCUCCCCCACCAGGAGGUGGUCCACCACCACCACCUCCCCCACCAGGAGGCGGCCCACCACCACCACCUCCACCAGGUGGCUUUGGUAAAGGUCCACCACCACCACCAGGUGGUUUUGGUAAGAAGGCUCCAGCUCAUCCACGUAAAGAAGUACCAUUACCAGGACUUAAGAUGAAAGGUUUACAAUGGGUUUCAAUGAACGAUAAAAAGAUUCAAGGUACCAUUUUCACUAAAUUUACAUCAGAUUCCGCCAAAGAUAUCAAUUUGGAUUUCAAAGAUAUUGAAAAUGUUUUUGCAGCCAAAGUUAUUGAAAAGAAAGAAUCAACUGCCCCAAAGAAGACAGGUCCUGUUCAAAUUAUUGAUCCAAAAACUUCACAAAAUCUUUCAAUUUUCCUUUCACAGUUCAAAGGUAAGUCAUAUGAUGAAAUUUGUGGUGCCAUCCAAAAAGGUGAUGAAACAAUGUUCCAACCAAAUCACAUUGAUGCUUUAAUUACUUUCCUUCCAUCAGAAGAUGAUAUCAAUAACAUUAAUGAAUUCCUUAGAGAAGAAAAAGAAGUUUCUAAAUUAGGUCCAGCUGAACAAUUCUCACUCAAGAUUCAUUCAGUUCCACAAGUUAAAUCACGUCUUUUAGCAUUAAAAUUCAAGAAUACUUAUGAAUCAAAGAAAACUGAUCUCAAACUCGACAUUGAAAACUUUAAACAAGGAACUAAAGAAAUCAAAGAGAGUGAAAAAAUUCCAAAACUUUUAGAAGUCAUUUUAAUUUUAGGUAAUUUUAUUAAUGGUGGUACAGCUAGAGGUAAUGCUUUUGGUUUCAAAUUAAAUACCAUUACUAAAUUAGCCGAUACAAAAUCAACAGAUAAUAAAAUUUCAUUGGUCAAUUAUCUCACCAAAGUUGUUGUUAAAGAUUUCCCACAUCUCCAUACUUUUGCUAAAGAUCUUACUCAUGUCGAAGCUGCCUCCAAAGUUUCACUUUCUGUUUUAGCUGCUGAAGUAGCUACUUUAAGAAAAGAGUUUGUUCAAGUUCAAAAAUCAAUCGAAACCCUCAAUUCAGGCGAAGAAAAAGAUGAAUUCAAAACCAAAUUUGAAGAUUUCUGUGUUCAAACAUCAGAGGAUAUAGAUUUAAUUACCUCUGCUUCACAACAAAUCGAAACUGACUAUAAAGAACUUUUAGCUGUAUUUGGUGAAGACUCAAAGAGUGAACCAAAUGAAUUCUUUGGUAUGUUCCUCAAAUUCAUGGAUCAAUACGAUAAAUCCACCAAAGAAAAUGAACAACUUUCAAUUCAAGCCGAAAAGAUUGCUAAAAGAGAAGCUGCCAAGAAACUUAAAGAAGAAGAAGAUGCCAAGAAGAAACAAAUGGUCGAAGAAGGUAAACAAAAGGGUGAAGAGAAUAUUGUUGAUGAUCUCUUAAAUACAAUUGCUAGUGGUGAUGCCUUCAAGAAUAGACGUCGUGUAAGAAAACAAGGUAAAAAUGUUGAUUUAGACUCUGUUGAAGCUGCAAUAAAUGAUCAAAAUUAA